UUAUGGAGAGUGAAGAUAAGAUGAGGGAGGCAAAGGCCGGGGAACGUCAGGUUCCGACAUAUAAUGCAAAUCCAUACUUGAUGGAUGGUGCCAGAAAAAGCUGGUGUGACUCCUGAGGGUCUGAAGAAUCUCAGGGAACUGAGUGGAAGUAGAGGGGUGGAGUAAUUGUUAGAGUGUCAACUACCAGGAUCCUCAACUGUGCACACGACUACAAUCCCAGUGCUUGGGAGGCUGAGGCAGGAGGAUCAAGAGUUCAAGGCUGGCAUGGGGCACAUAGUGAGAACCUGCCACAAAGAAAUAAGGAAGGGCAACAUACAAUAAUAAAAGUUAAAAUAGGGGUUGGGGAUUUAGCUCAGUGGUAGAGCGCUUGCCUAGGAAGCGCAAGGCCCUGGGUUCGGUCCCCAGCUCCGAAAAAAAAAGAACCAAAAAAAAAAAAAUAAAAUAAAAGUUAAAAUAAUAAGUCAUCUGCUGUUUCUCUUGCUGCUUUGCCCCAAGGGUUGUAACUAUGGAGACUGAGUCUAGAUGUCUACUGGGAAAGAAACAGGAGAGCCAGAACCUUCUUUUGGAAAGGAAGUGGAGGAAAUACUCAAGAAAGGAGCUUAUACCAACCAAGCCAAUGGCACUGGUGGAACUGAGGUGCUCCCACCUUCCAGUGAGGGCUCAGGUAGUUCUUGCUGCCAGCUUUGGUGCAAAGAUGUUUAGGAGCAGUGCACGGUUGCAGAGUUCCACUCCACCUGCUGUGGGACAGCGACACACCGUAGGCUUACCCAACCCAAAGGUUCCCGCUGGUAGGCUGCAGAAAUGUAUUAUUUGACAUACAAAAUCUUCCCUCCUCCAAGGUGGGAAAUUUCUCUUUGUUUUAUUUCAGUUCCUUUUUGUUUUUGACAGGGUCUUGCUAUGUAUCCUGAAUGGCCUGGAACUCACAGAGAUCUGCCUCCUGAGGGCUGGGAUAAAAGCACAUAGCCCAUCACCUGGGAGACAAGGGCAGGCAAAUCUCUGAGAGUUCCAGCGUAUCCUAGGUUACAUAGCAAGAUACUGGCUUAAAGGGGGAGGGGGUCAGAUAGUGGGAUUAGACAUGGGUCAGCUGUUGGGACUAGAGAUGGGUCAGCAGUUGGGACUAGAGAGAUGGGUCAGCUGUUGAGAAUGCUUAUGAUCCUACAAGGAAACCAGGUUUGCUCUCAGCACCCAUAUGAUAACUCACUGUUACAAGCCUAGGAGAUAUGACACCCUCUUCUGGCCUCUGAAGGCACCACAUGUGUAUACAGUACACACAUAUACACAGAGAAAAUUCUUUUUUUUCUUUUUUUUUUCGGAGCUGGGGACCGAACCCAGGGCCUUGCGCUUGCUAGGCAAGCGCUCUACCACUGAGCUAAAUCCCCAACCCCGAGAAAAUUCUUAUACACACAAAAUAAGAGUAAAUAAAAUGGAGACCACUGGGGGCUACAGGAUAAGACUAACCACAGCCAAAAGGUGCACCACCGGGCACUGGAUGGUUAAAAAAUUGUGUCUGACCAGUAAUCCCAGCAAUCAAGCACAAUGAGGUCAUAUGCCUCACCUAAGACAAGCAAAGAGAGUGACAUCUAGAUAAGACAAACUCAGCUAAACAAACCACUUAUCACACAGCCUGAGUGAUUACUUCCUUCCCAAAGGCCUGGGUAUGGCCCAAGAAGGGCAUCAGAGCAGAGAGGAGAGAAGUGUGUCCUUGGAGGGAAGUAGUCCAGCCUUUGUCCUUUACUAGGUCUUACCUGACCGGAAUAAGUGGAGGCUGUACCCAGUAACAAUUUUAAAAGAAGAUUUCAAAUGCGAAUGCUCAUGGAGAACAACAGACGGGUGGUAAAUGUUUGCCUAACAUAUCAAUGAGACUGAAGGUUUUUUCCUUAAAGAUUUGAUUUUCAAUCAUGUGUAUGUGUGUCUGUGUGAGCUGAUGCCAAGUUUGUGGGCAAUAAACCCUCUGGAGCUUGAAUUGCAGGCAAUUAUGAGCUGCCUGACCUGGGUUCUGGAAAUUGAACUGGGUCCUCUGGAAAAACAAUACACAUUUCUUAUGGUUUGAAUGUGCUUGGCCCAGGAAGUGGCAUUAUUUGGAGGUGUGGCCUUGUUGGAAUAGGUGGGUCACUGGAUCCUCCUCUUAACUGCCUGGAAGUCAGUCUUCCACUAGCAGCGGAAGAUGUAGAACCCGCAGCUCCUCCUGCACCAUGCCUGCCUGGAUGAUAAUCGCUGAACCUAUAAGCCAGCCCAAUUAAAUGUUAUUUAUAAGACUUGCCUAGGUCAUGGUGUCUGUUCCCAGCAGUCAAACCCUAACUGAGACACAUUCUUACUUGAUGAGCCACCUCUCGAGCUCCCGACUGAAGUGUCAACAUACAUGGUCAGUGGCUUAUUCUCUUCCCCUAACUUUAGAAGUGCCGAGUAGUGUUUAUUGCUUAUGUCUACGUUUAUAAUUUAAAACAAUAUUUUUAUUUGUCUGUCUGUCGAAAUGAAUGCCUAUGUAACACAUACAUUUGGGUGCCAACAGAGUCCAGAGAUGAAGAUGAUGUGGGAUACCCUGAAGUUGGAGUUGCAAGGAAUACAGGCAGCUGUAGACUGCUCAGUGCAAAACAGAACUCGGGGCUGUGGCAGGAUAUUUGAUCACAUUAUGAACCCAGAGAUUGUGUUAUAUACUGAAAACAGCUGUUUCUAAUUGUGGUGGGUUAGCCCACACCUUUAACCCCUCUGGCUGGAAUACAGAUAUAAGGUCAAAUGGCUGGGGUUUCUGUUUUUAAAAACAACAUAUUGGUGCCCCGGCCAUUUGAUUUAUCAAAGAAGAGUCAGGUGCUAGAUCCUGGGGUUAAAAACCUGCGAGCUCAAGAGGCAGAGAAAGUGCCCAGCUGACCUUCCUCCUCCAAUCCAGAUGUCCGAAAGGAAAAAGCCCCUUCUUUCUCCACACUGUCUUAAAUACCUUUUACUCAGCUCUCUCCUUUUUACUUCUUUAUGCUGAGUCCCUCUCAGCUGGUUACUUAAUCAGCCUCUUCACCUGUCAUUGACUUCAUUUAAUCCUGUUGGUCUUUCCAGUUCACAAUCUUGGAGUUUCCAAUGUGAUCAACUAUCCUGCACUCUUAACCACUGAGCCAUUCCUGCAGCAUCCUCACCCCACCAUUUUUUUAAAAAUUUGAGACAAGGUCUACAUAGCCCUGGAAUUCACAGAGAUCCGUCUGCUUCUUCAUCUGAAUGCUGGGAUUAAAGUUUAUGUCACCAUGCCCAACUUGCAAGCAUGUUUCUAACCUAUUAUUCUGUGAGCUAUCAUCUAUUAUUGACAUUUAUCUUGUGGUGCAAAUUGUCCCGGGUUUGAGCCGCCACCAGAACCCCUUCAAGCUAAUUCCUGAAUAUCUUUUUUUUUUCCUGAAUAUUUUCUUUCUUGCCAUGCUGAGUUUCCAGCACAGUGUGUCACACAUGCUAGGCAAAUGUCCUAGCACCGAACUAAAUCUCAACUUAAGUAAUUAUUUUCUGACACAUCUAGCUCAGGGUGAUCUUAAACUUGAUAUACAGCUGAAGCUUGCCUUGAACUCCUGAUUCUCCUGUCUUCACCUCUGAAGUACUGAGAUUACAGGCCUGGACCAUCAGGUCUAGCCAGAAAAUAGUAUUUUAAGCUCUGGGCUUUAGGGCUGGGAAUUUAGCUCAGUUGGUCAAGUUAUUUGGCUAACAUGUGAAGCCCUGGGCUUAUACCUCAGCACUGCACUGAAGUGGGUAUGGUGCACUCGGGAGGUUAGAGCCUAGAGAAUUAUAAAUUAUUCCUGGCCAUACAUCAAGUUUGAAGCUAGCCUUAGAUAUAUGACAUCAAACGUGUGUGUGUGUGUGUGUGUGUGUGUGUGUGUGUGUGGCAUGGUAGCACAGCACAUCCUUUUUAUUCAAGUGCUUUAAUCCAAGCACUCCAGAGACAGGAGGGUGGAUCUCAGAGUCUGAGGCCAGUCUGGUCUACACAGUGAGUUACAGGACAGCCAGGACUACAAAGAGAGACCCUGACUCAAAAAGAAGGGUGGGGGAAUGGCUCCUCCGUUUAGAGUGCUGUGCUGGGUUCAGUGUCCAGUACCUAUAUGGUGUACAUACAUGCACUCAAGUUUACAUAUGCAUAAAAUAAAAAUUUAAAACUCUGGGAGCUGGAGAGAUGGCUCGGUUUCAGAGGACUUGGCUUUGAUUCUUAGCAACCCAACCACAUGGCAGCUUACAUUUGCUAAUUCCAGUCCCAGGGGACCUGAUGCCAGCGUCUGGCCUGUGAGGUCAAACACACACACACACACACACACAGAGUACACAAAUUUUUAUUUUGUACACUGCUACCAAAUGAUCUAUUUAUCUUUCCCCUGCUCGCAUACCUUUUGGGAAGUGUGUGCCAAGUCUCACCUGACCUGCUGGCCUUAAACUAAAUAUGUAGGGAUGACUUUAAUUAAUUCCAUUUUUCUGCCUCCAAUGGGUUAUUAAUCUAAAUGUAGAUUUGGACUCAUCUAUACAACUAUGUUCAGUUUGUUAGUGUCCACCCAAUCCUAUAUUUAAUUUUUGAAUUGUGUUCACCAAUAGUAGGAUUUUAGGUUAACAUUCCAUGACAAAACCUGGGUGUGAUGAUGUAUGUCUUUUUUUUUUUUUUUGGUUCUUUUUUUCGGAGCUGGGGACUGAACCCAGGGCCUUGCGCUUCCUAGGUAAGCGCUCUACCACUGAGCUAAAUCCCCAGCCCCGAUGAUGUAUGUCUUAAUCCUAGCACUUAGGAAGAAGGCAGACAGAUCUCUGUAAGUUUAAGACCACCCUGGUUGGCACAGGGAGGUGAAAGCCAGCUAAAGGAAAUAGUGAGACUUUCAGGCUCCAUCCAAGCUGUCAGAUCUAUUCCACCUGUAUAGAAAUCCAUUUUCCUGCUCUGUUUUACCAAGUACCUCUGGUCAAAUUAUAUAAAUCUUGCACUACUUUGAGCUUUGAGUUUCUUAGUUACCCUUGUGCCCAAAGCAUGGACCAAUGUUCAACUUGUCUUCCUUCUGAAACAAGGUCUGCCCAGCUGACCUGGAACUUAUAUAAUCCAGGCUGGCCUCAAACUUCUGAUCCUCCUACCCUUCCUUCCUAGUGCUGGGAUUGAAGUUGUGAACCACCACAGCUGCCCUCAUUUUGAAUGACGGCUGCCUUUAUAGGCAAGCAUUGUACCACGAUUCUCCGACAGUGUCUUGCUAUGCAGCCUGGGCUGGGUUCUGUAAUAUACUCUUAGAAGUCUAGCCUCCAGACUGCCUGUAUUGUUACUGUUCUGGAUUUCACUAUCCCAGAAAAAGUCACUGAAUUUCAGUUUCAAAUUGGACACCUUUGUUAGGAUGCACUUACGCUCAAGUAGUCAUUCUAAUGCUCAUUAAUAUUCUAAAGGAGGUAAGAUGGAGAACAGCAUAUUUAAAAACCCACCUGCCUUAAAGUUACCUGUACUAGGUUUGUCCUAGGGUUUUUUUUUUUUUUUUUUUUUUUUUUGGCCCACGAGACUCCGCCCACCGCUCACCCAGUGGCGGAAGAACCUCACGCUACGACGUGAUACCUCACACCACCGCGGAGACUUUCUGACGUUACGCUUGUGGCGUGGGAGGGGCGGGUCCACCGGCACUUCCCCUUCCUGGCUUUGGCCCCUCCCACACUCGUUGUGAAGCAACCGCGGCCGCCAGUAUUUAAGGUGGCUCGGAACCUAGAGGUGCUCUAGGCGCCUGCGCGGCUCCUUUUCCGCCCUAAGGGCUAGACCAGUCUGAGCCACAACUGGAGCCUCUUCUGCUUUCCGGAACUAACCGCCUGGCGGCGCUCCCCGCGCCCCUCCCCCGCCGGCGCUUCCGCCCGCGCUCCUCCCUCUCUCCUUCUCCAGCGACGCGCACGCGCGCCAAGCCGGCUCGCGCCCUCUCGCUAUCCACCGGCCCGCGACAUCCCCCCCUCCCCUUCCGCCUCGCGGCGCUUCCUCGCGCCGCCGUCUUCUCAAUCCACCCCUGACACCGCGGGGCUCCCCCCGCCCGCCAACGGCGGGUCCCCUGCUUGGCGAUCUCUCUCGCUUCCCGCGCUCUCCAGCAGGGGCCCAGCCUCAGGCCCUCUUUCCCUUCCCUCUAAUUUCUCUUCCGGACGCUGCCAUCAUGUUGAAGCCUCAGCCGCCACAACAGACCUCCCAGCCCCAGCAGCCGCCCCCCACGCAACAGGCCGUGGCUCGCCGGCCUCCCGGCGGGACUAGCCCUCCCAACGGCGGCCUCCCGGGACCGCUGCCCGCUACCGCGGCUCCCCCGGGGCCUCCCACAGUGGUCUCUCCGUGCCUGGGGCCUGCAGCCGCUGCCGGCAGCGGGCUCCGCCGCGGAGCCGAAAGCAUCUUGGCGGCGCCAGCGCCGCAGCAGCAUCAAGAACGGCCAGGGGCAGUGGCUAUCGGCAGCGUCAGGGGACAGACCACCGGAAAGGGACCCCCACAGUCACCAGUGUUUGAAGGUGUCUAUAACAAUUCCAGGAUGCUGCAUUUCCUGACAGCUGUAGUGGGUUCUACCUGUGAUGUAAAAGUGAAAAAUGGCACCACUUAUGAGGGCAUUUUCAAGACGCUGAGCUCAAAGUUUGAACUGGCAGUAGAUGCGGUACAUCGGAAAGCCUCUGAGCCAGCAGGUGGGCCUCGUCGGGAAGACAUUGUGGACACCAUGGUGUUUAAACCAAGUGAUGUUCUGCUUGUCCACUUCCGAAAUGUUGACUUCAAUUAUGCUACUAAAGACAAGUUCACUGACUCAGCCAUUGCCAUGAACUCUAAGGUGAAUGGAGAACACAAAGAGAAGGUGCUUCAGCGUUGGGAGGGCGGUGACAGCAACAGUGAUGACUACGAUCUGGAAUCCGAUAUGUCUAAUGGAUGGGAUCCUAAUGAGAUGUUCAAAUUUAAUGAGGAGAACUAUGGAGUGAAGACCACCUAUGACAGCAGUCUAUCUUCUUACACGGUUCCCUUAGAAAAGGACAACUCUGAAGAGUUUCGGCAGCGGGAGCUUCGCGCGGCCCAGUUGGCUCGGGAGAUUGAGUCUAGUCCCCAGUACCGUCUACGGAUUGCCAUGGAAAAUGACGACGGGCGAACCGAGGAGGAGAAGCACAGUGCAGUUCAGCGGCAGGGGUCCGGGCGGGAGAGCCCCAGCUUGGUGUCCAGGGAAGGGAAAUAUAUCCCUCUGCCUCAACGAGUUCGGGAAGGUCCCCGGGGAGGAGUUCGAUGCAGCAGUUCUCGAGGAGGGCGGCCUGGCCUUAGCUCUUUGCCACCUCGUGGCCCUCACCAUCUUGACAACAGCAGUCCUGGUCCUGGGUCUGAGGCACGUGGUAUCAAUGGAGGUCCUUCCCGCAUGUCCCCCAAGGCACAGCGGCCUCUGAGAGGUGGCAAGACCUUAUCUUCACCCAACAAUAGGCCUUCUGGAGAAGCUUCUGUUCCUCCAACAUCUGCAGCUCUCCCUUUUCUUCCAGUGGGCCGGAUGUACCCUCCACGGUCUCCCAAGUCUGCUGCCCCUGCCCCAGUCUCAGCUUCCUGUCCUGAGCCUCCCAUUGGUUCAGCAGUAGCAUCCUCUGCCUCCAUCCCUGUGACAUCAUCAGUUGUGGAUCCUGGAGCAGGCUCUAUUUCCCCAGCAUCUCCAAAACUCUCCCUGGCCCCUACAGAUGUAAAAGAACUCCCAACCAAGGAGCCCAGUAGGAGUUUGGAAGCCCAAGAGCUGGCCCGCAUAGCUGGGAAAGUCCCUGGCCUUCAGAAUGAACAAAAACGCUUUCAGUUGGAAGAACUGAGGAAAUUUGGGGCCCAGUUUAAGCUUCAACCUAGUAGCUCCUCUGAGACGGGCCUGGAUCCAUUUCCUUCCCGGAUCUUGAAAGAAGAGGCCAAAGGAAAGGAGAAAGAAGUGGAUGGUCUAUUGACUUCAGAUCCUAUGGGAUCCCCAGUCUCCUCCAAGGCAGAAUCCAUAUUGGAUAAGGAAGACAAAGUGCCCCUGGCAGCAGUAGCGGGGUCUGAGGGGCCAGAACAGCUCCAACCACCUUGCCCCAGCCAAACUGGCAGUCCUCCAGUGGGCCUCAUCAAGGGAGAUGACAAAGAGGAGGGCCCGGUUACUGAACAAGUAAAGAAGUCUACUUUGAACCCCAAUGCCAAGGAGUUCAAUCCAACAAAGCCUCUGCUGUCUGUGAACAAAUCUACCAGUACUCCAACUUCACCAGGGCCCCGUACUCAUUCAACACCUUCCAUACCGGUGCUGACAGCAGGCCAGAGUGGGCUCUACAGUCCCCAGUACAUCUCAUAUAUACCUCAGAUCCACAUGGGACCAGCUGUGCAGGCACCUCAGAUGUAUCCAUAUCCUGUAUCCAAUUCGGUGCCUGGGCAGCAGGGCAAGUACCGGGGUGCAAAAGGCUCACUUCCCCCCCAGCGCUCUGACCAACACCAACCAGCCUCAGCCCCUCCAAUGAUGCAGGCUGCUGCUGCUGCUGCUGGCCCACCCUUGGUGGCUGCCACACCUUAUUCCUCCUACAUCCCUUACAACCCACAGCAGUUCCCAGGCCAGCCUGCCAUGAUGCAGCCCAUGGCACACUACCCUUCACAGCCGGUGUUCGCCCCUAUGCUUCAAAGUAAUCCACGAAUGUUGACAUCGGGAAGCCAUCCCCAGGCCAUCGUGUCAUCCUCCACUCCUCAGUACCCUUCUGCAGAGCAGCCUACCCCCCAAGCCCUUUAUGCCACUGUUCACCAGUCCUAUCCACACCAUGCCACGCAGCUCCAUGGCCACCAGCCUCAGCCGGCCACCACUCCUACUGGGAGCCAACCACAAUCCCAGCAUGCGGCCCCCAGUCCCGUUCAGCACCAGGCGGGGCAGGCCCCACACCUGGGCAGUGGACAACCACAGCAGAAUCUGUACCAUCCAGGGGCCCUAACAGGCACGCCACCUUCUCUACCACCGGGACCUUCUGCCCAGUCCCCUCAAAGCAGCUUCCCCCAGCCAGCUGCUGUGUAUGCCAUCCAUCCCCACCAGCAGCUGCCCCACGGCUUCACCAACAUGGCCCAUGUUACCCAGGCCCAUGUCCAAACUGGAGUCACAGCAGCCCCGCCCCCACACCCUGGGGCUCCCCACCCGCCCCAGGUGAUGCUGCUGCACCCCCCCCAGGGCCAUGGGGGCCCCCCCCAAGGCGCGGUGCCCCCGAGUGGGGUGCCUGCACUCUCAGCUUCCACACCCUCACCCUACCCCUACAUCGGACACCCCCAAGGUGAGCAGCCUGGCCAGGCGCCUGGAUUUCCAGGAGGAGCCGAUGACAGGAUUCUAUGUAGGGUGGGCAGAAGCCACAGUCGCCGCCGCCAGGGGCUUGCUCCUGGCUCUGUCCUUUGCUUCCCUCCGUCCUCGCUCAGUUGUGAUCCAGCAGCCCCCCUCCCCACUGCCUCCCCAGCUCUCAGUGACCCCGACUGUCUCCUGACUUAGCCGAGGUAAGGUCAGCGCAGCAGACAGGGCCAGACUGGGGCGUGGGGGGCUGAGCUGGGCAACUGAGUAAGGGCUCUGGCCUACUGGGAAACAGCGAUUGACCUGUGCUUCUGACAGCCCCCUGAGACUCCUCGAGGAGGCCGCUCCUCCCCACACCCCCACACCCCCUGGACGCAUUGACAGAGGGACAGCUGCUCGGGUUCUAAUGCUCCUGCUCUCUCUCUUUCCCCUCCAACCAGUUCAAUCUCAUCCCUCCCAGCAGCUCCCCUUCCACCCCCCGGGGAACUGAAGAUUGUCCUGGCCGCGACCUGAGACCUCCAUGAGUGGAGGGAAGAGUGAUCUAUGUCUCUUCCCCCAGCAGCUGGGACCAGUCCUAGCCCCGCCCCCAACCCCUUUCCCUUGGGGAGUUGGGGAAUUCCUGCCAAGCACCUUGAACGGGAGGGGUCCUUCAAGUGGGCCGGGCUGGGGUCCAGCGGGGGUGGGGGAGGUUCCUGCUCUGUCCCUGCUGGGUCCCACCCAGUCUUGUCCUCCCAUCCUCUCAUCUAUUCCCCACCCCGCUGGAGACGGAAGAUCUUUUAUUUUCUAUUAUUUAUAACCUCAGACUUGGGCCCCCUGUUCUUCUCCAUUAACUUGAGUGUCCUGUGUGAGAGACCGACAGACAGAUGCCUCAAGGACUUUUACUUUUUAUUACAUAAAAAAUUUAAAAAAAAUAAAAAAAUAAAAUUUUAAACUAACUUAA